AGAGGGAGAGGGGAGGAGAGAAGGAUACAGGGGAAAACAGCAGAGAGGUAAUGAGCAGCGAGUAUUAGCUGUCAGCGUCCUGAGCUGCAGACUGAUCUCAUUAAAGGAUGAAGCGACCGUUGCGGCACGGUGUGUGUGGAUCCUGAGGUGUGUGUGUGUCUUUCUCAGCUCUGUCUCUGCUCCUGCUGCGUUGCCUUCCUGUGUGGACGUCUCCGAUCCCCCUACAACCCCCCUAAGCCUGUCGCCACGACAACCAUGGACUGCGGACUGCGUCUGCCGCCCGUCAUCGAGGAGGUCAUGGACGCUGCAGAUGACCUCUGCGAGCUGAAGGCGGAGCGUCCAGGCAACGAGCUGACGGCCAAAGAGCGGGAGUCUCUGGAGGAGAACGAUGAGAAGGAGGAGAAAGAGGUGGAGGUGGGGAACGGAGAGAAGGGCGUGGAGGAGGGGAAUGGAGAGAAGGGCCUGAAGGAGGAGAAGGAAGUGGAGGAGGAGGAGAAGGCAGGAGAUGAAGAGAGAGAGAGGGCGAGGGGGCUGGAGGAGGAAGAGGCAAUAGAGGUGGAGGAGCUCCGCGCACAGGUGGUCCAGCUGCUCUUGGAACUGGAGGAGGCCAGGGAGGUGUCCCAGAGACAUGAGGACAGCUACAACGAGCUGCAAGGCCUUUUGGAAGAAGAGCGCUUAGCCAGCGCCCACCAGGCUGAGAGCUUCACAAGACAGAUCCAGAGACUUCAAGCCCAGCUGCGCUCAGUGCAGGAGGAGCUGGACAGCCUGGAGGAGGAAAAGGCCAGCGAGCUGUGGGAGGCUCAGGAGGAGCUACGUGCGGCACAGGUAGAGGUGCAGGACCUACAGCAGGCGGCAGAGGAGGCUGCGGCGGAGCGGGAGAAUGACAUCGCACUGCUGCAGGAGGAACUGUGCAGGCUGCGGGCCGAGCUGCAGAGACUCCACUCCACCACGCAGGAGUACGAACUGGAAUUGACCACUCUGAGGGCCGAAAUCAGCAUGAAGAGCCAGCGCAGGGAGCAGCAGGACCAGGCAAACACUGAGGGGGAGGUGGGGCAGCUGAAGGAAGAGUGUCGCACUUUGAUGGAUGAGUGCCAGACUCUGAGGAACGACAACAGGCAGCUCUCCGAGAAGCUGCAGCUGCUGGAGCAGCAGAAAGCCAGCUCCACUGACUCCUACCUGGCUGUCCGAGGAGAGCAGGACAACAAUGAAAGCGCAAGACAGAACCAUGGGCAGAAGGAGGAAGAAGAGAAGGCGGUAAAGGCCGAAGGCUACAUGAGCAUGUUGCAGUCGGAGCAGAGCGGGCGUGUGGUGGACGAUUCCAUUCAGAAGAACCUCUCCACUGAAGAUAGAACCGUGAAUCCUGUGGAGAGGAGCGAGGGCCUGUCCGAAGUCUUCUCCCUCCGAGACCAGCUCAAGCAGGCUGAGGAGAGAGCCUUCCAGGUCCAGAGGGAGUGUGAGGGGUUGAAGGGAGAACUUCUGGAGCUACAAGGCCUCUACGAAAGCAGCCAGAGGGAGAGGGCGGAGCUGGAGGCGGAGCUACAACGCUGCAGGGCAGAGCUUGACAGGUUGGCAGGGAGGAAGGCGCAGAACUCCUCUCCUCCGUCUGAGUCCCCUGUUCUCUCCAUACCCUUCAUAGGAAUGGUUGUAAUAAUGGCGCUGAUAUGGUGCUGCUGGACGGAGCUCUUGUCCUAAAGGGGGAAAGGAGAAAGAGGGCGACUGGAACCUGGUGAUGGUGGUUGCCGUGGCAGCAGCAGUGGUUUUGCUGGUGCCCAGUUUGACCAGAGCUUUUUCUUGAGUCUUGGACAGGAAGUGACCUCAUCCACCAACGUUGUCUCUACCUGCCUGCUUAUGUUCUCUGUGGUAUACACACCAACACAUGCAACUUCCAUAACCGCACAUGAGGAAUUCUCCUGAAAUGGGCGUGAUGCUGUACAGUUCGGGAGACCAUAGGAACACAAUCAGCCUCUAAAUCCAGUGCUUUUGUUUCUUGUCUUGCUGCUCUGGUUGUACGCUCUUCUUGCUCUGUUGUCCUCCAUGCCUCUAUAGAUAAAAAGGGUCCGCUUGACAGGGACCAGACACGGAUGCAGUGCUGUGGACUGUGAUGCAUCGCCCACGCUGUGCUAAAGCACAAAGAGAUGGAGAAGAUGCAGAAAAUGCAUAAAAAAAGGAUUUUGGCUGUCUUCACUCAUUUUGAUAAUCUCAACCAUCUUUACCAACUGAGUUCUUUAUUUUAUUUUACUGAAUGCUGACCGUUUUAGAGGACUAAAGAUCUAUUUGCCUUAUUUACAUCUCAAAUGGAUCUCUUUCUUUCAUGAGUUUAAGCAUAUAGAUUAUCAGUCUCUCAUCACUGCUGCUUUAGAUACAGUCUUGCUUCAGUCUCACUGCUUUUAAGAUGUGUUGUGGCAGCAUGUGACAUGAUGCUUAUCUAAAAUCUUCCAGUUUUGUCACUUUCCAAAUAUUGCCUGUUCCACUGGGGAAUUCUUUUAUUAGUCUUUUAUGCUUUGUUAGUUUUGACACAGAAAUGACUCUUUGUUCUAAAGCAUGCAUCAUACAGUUUCACCAAUAACUAUGUAAUUGUAAUCGUACUAUCAGUGGUUUGAGUGAGUUUGCAACAUUCAAAGUGUUUUUCAUGGUUCAAGGGAUAAAGCACUGUUCAUUGUGGAGGAUCUAGACAAAUGAGACUAUGACAAAAGUAAGCUUAAGUUCAGAUUAAAUGUGAACAAUAGUGACAGUAUACAGUUCUACAAAAAAAUACACUAUAAAUGCUCACUUAACAGUCUUAACCAUUUAAAGUGGGAUAGAUAUUUUUGUAUGUUUGUGUGUUUAAUCAAAUGGAAUUGAUUUAAUGAGAAAUGAUAGAAGAGAGUGAAAAAACUAUUUUUAUACACAGCUAAACUGCAGUGCAUACUCCAGUAUUAUAAUACUUGUUGGUAGCAAUCAGAGAAUUACAUUUCAGAGCAAACGUUCUCUUUAGCAGCUCAUACAGUGCAGUCCAUAUGUAACUGGACGGUGAAACAGUGCUUUGGUUUUCUCUCUGUAUUCCAGCAAAUUGGAUUUUAAGUGUUACAGUGAAACACUGGCUGAAGUGCAGAAUAUCAGCUUUUUGGGUUUUUACAUUUAUAUCACAGCUCUUUACAUAUAUAGUCAUAUGCAAAGGUUUGGGCACCAAAUUACAAUUUUUAAUGCACAACUUCUGUUUAUUUGCUGAAUUUAACAUAUUGGGAAAAAAAAAAACAUAAAAUAUGGCCUGUGCAAAAGUUAUGUCACAUUAUAUAUUUUAUAUUUAGUUUUUUUUCCAAUCUCUGAAACUCAAAUUUGCAGUAUUUUAGUGCACAAGUUCCCUGUAGGGGAUGUGUUCAACAAAACAUGUAAUUUGACCAGCAGUUUUGAAACUUUUAUAUAUGCCUGUAUCCUCACCAUCACGAUGAAACACUGUAUCUCCGAAAUGGUAACUUUAAAGUAGAGGGAAAAAACUUAAUUUUGAACAAUAAUAUAAGAAGAUUUGUUUUCCAAAAAAAAUAAAAAACAACAAAAAUGAAGAUUCAGUUUUGUUCCGACAGCAGCAAUAGGAACAAUUGGAUACUCAUAUGUUAUUUGCCCAGCUGCAUGGCUGCAUUAUUAGUUUUUGCACAAAAGAGCUAAUGAAGGGUCUACAUUCUAGAUAUGUUAUUUGCAUUUGGGCUUGCUGUUCUUUCUCCACAUGAAGACCAAAGAAGUGUUACAGUCAGUAAAGCAGGACAUCUUGAAGCUUUAAAGUCAGAAACAAAAACACAGGCAAAACAUCAAGUGUAUGCACAGAUCAUGAACACUAUCUGGAAUGUAUGCAGAAUUCUGACCACCACAAAGAGACCAAAAAAGCCUUCAACACAAAGGUGCUGGCAGAGCAUCAUCAUGGAACAUAACCAACAUCUGGUGAUGUCUAUGGUUUGCAGACUUCAAGCAGUCUUGGAGAGACUGCAUGUAAACAGUGCUAUGAUUUCUGCAUUGUUCACCCAGUACGGAUAUGGAUCCUCUUUAGAAUUCAUGCUGAAGUUCUGCACUUUAACCUCAGUCAUUAUUAUAUUUCAAAGCCACAACAGAUGCUGUGACACUGUCCAGUUACUCAUAGACUUCAAUGUAUAUUUAGUUCAGUUCCUCUAGGAGUAGCCAUCUAACUUCAGGAUUAUAUACGUAAAGGCAACAAUGCGUAUAAUAAUGUGCUCACUACAUUCCUAAAUAUUACAUAAAGAGUAAACACAUUGAUGUGGUAUAUAUAUUGAUGCAUGCAUGGUGCAACUCAGAUGUGUAGCACAAAAACACUACCUUUACCUGAAGUAUGCAGCUAGAUACACAAAUUAUGCACUUUCUGUCUUCAAAAUUGUUUGCAAAGCAUAAAUAAAAGAAGAGUUUAUUCAAAAAGCUAACAAUACGUAAAAGAUAAUAGCUGCCAUUUAGCAUUAUGCAAAUGAUCAUGCUAACUGGUGCAUUGCUAGCCACAGUAGCAUGUUAGCUGUCUCUUCAAUGAUUUUGACAGUAUUUCCUCUUUUGGUUGUCUGUAAUAUUACUGCCACUGUAAACUAUCAGUGUUAUAAACUCUCACAACUCAUUUUAUUACUCCAGACGUUCAUCUCUACGACUAUUAAAACAGUUAAUUACUACCCAAAUUCAAAAAGUGUAGCUGAAGAUGAGCUAAAGCACAUAUCAGAGUGGUUUUGAGUGUGUUGGUGAUUCUGUGCCUCUUUCGUAACGUGGCUUUAAAGCAUAGAAGAGAUUCCCACACUAACACACGUUAGAGCAAUGCUGCACUGGGCUUAUCUGCGGUGUGCCUAGGUUGUUGCAAUGCUGUCUUCCGGUAUCUUGUGGAUAGAUGAACACUUUAGACCUCAUUGCUAGCGCAGCUGAAUGUGUAUCGAUGUACUAACGGUCAGUGACUUUAUAAGAUGAUGCAUGCUACACAGUAAAGCUUAUUUUCUAUCCAAACAUGGUAUUUGUACUGUACUGUAAAUACUUCAGUGGGUAUACAGCUUUGGUGGGAUAUACUGUGAAACUGGACGCAAAGCCUUCAAAUGGAAAGUCUCAUUGUAAUCACAGAGCCGUCUGGGAUAUUGUAUAGUUUUUAGAACAUAAUGAACACAGCUGGCAGUCUUGACAGGCCUCAGUGGGUGUUUGUAAAUGAUAUAAACUUUGGCGUGGUUGCAUGUAUCUCACUGUGGCUUUGCAUGCAGUCUGAUAGUAGUAAUUAGGUUUUUUUUUAAAACAAGUAGCCUACAAAUGGCAGUGAACACUGCAUGAGUCCGUUUGCCUUUACCAAAAUUGUUGUUACAAUUCCAAUUGGUUCCAUUUGCAGUUAAUUACCCUUUUUUAACAAAUUUGGGUUGUUAAUAAGGUGUAAUCAGUUUUGUCUGUGUUCUGUAUUAUCUUGUGUUCUGUCUAUGUGUAUUUCUAAAGUCCGAUUCAGAAAUUGUACGCUUCAAUUAAUCAAGUUUGCUCGCCCAGUUUAUAUAAAAACCUUUAUUUACAAGAAUUUAGCUCACUUGUAUUAACACCAUAAAAAAGAUACAUUAGUUAAGGUUCUGUAGGUCAAGGCGAAUAUUUGUCUGACAAAAUCCUGUUGGCUUUCAUACUGUAAACUUGUGUAAAUAAUAUCAUAAGGAUGUAAGCAUGGAAGACAUUGUAAAGCCUGUUGCAAGACGCAUUUUUCAACCCUAUACUUGGUUUUCAUUCUCACACACUUGUACUAGAUAAUAUACUGUACAUGCAUAUCUCUGAAUAUACGCUUCCUCACUGUUUUAAGUCCAUUUUCUUCCAUCAUAUAUGAACAUUUCUCUUCUGUUCUGUCGAGAUCUUAAUGGAAGUAUAGCUUUAAAUGGGUCUGGUUUUAGUAAAUAAGUACAAAAUAUCCAUGACAUUAGUAAACGAUGCUUUAAUUGGAAGGUGUUGAUGUGUGGCUUUGUGGAGAUGCUGUUGACUGUCUCUCUGUGUGACAUAACUGUAUUGUGUGACAUGGUUACAUGUUGUUAUGCCUUGACAGGCAUUUGUGUAAAAAAAACAAGACAAAAUAUUGAGUAUUUUGGUAAUCUGACUGUACAUUUUGUAAAUGAUCUGAAAGAAAUAAAGUAGUUUAUCCAUG